CCAACUAACCCGCCACAUAUUGGAGAGCCUCACUUCUUCUGCCAGACUGCCAUUUGCCUUCUUUUGAAUUACACGAAGCUCUCCUCACUUUCCUUCUCAAACAGUGACAUAACAUUACAAAAAAAACCAUUCCUUCAAGAAUUCAUCACAAAACCUCAAUUUCUCUCCACUCCAACCCAAAAUCCCAGUUUUUUUUCUUUCUUCAAUGGCAGCCAAAGAGCCAGAGAUCAUAAGAGACAAGGACCAGAUGAGGAGAUGGUCAAGAGCCAUGAGAUCCCAAGGCAAGACCCUAGGAUUGGUACCCACCAUGGGCUACCUCCACGAUGGCCACGUGUCGCUCAUCCGAGAAGCCCACAACCACACCGACCUCAUCGUGGUCUCGAUCUACGUGAACCCGGGUCAGUUCUCUCCCUCCGAAGACCUCUCCACCUACCCAUCUGAUUUCCAUGGCGAUAUCCAGAAGCUCAUGGCCGUUCCCGGCGGCGUUGAUGUCGUUUUCAACCCUCACAAUCUCUACGACUAUGGAACCAGCAAAAACGCAAACGCAGCCGCACGUGCGAGUGAUGACGCACGUGUGGGAAAUGGCGGCAAUGGGGUGGUUUCUUGCGUGGAGGAAAAUGGGUUGGGGCAUGAGACUUGGGUGAGGGUUGAGAGAUUGGAGAAGGGUAUGUGCGGGCAGAGUAGGCCUGUUUUUUUCAGAGGGGUUGCUACGGUUGUGAGCAAGUUGUUUAAUAUAGUGGAGCCUGAUGUUGCUGUGUUUGGGAAGAAGGAUUAUCAGCAAUGGCGGAUUAUUCAGCGGAUGGUUCGAGAUCUUGAUUUUGGCAUUAGAGUGAUAGGUUCUGAAAUAGUGCGUGAGAAAGAUGGGCUUGCAAUGAGUUCACGCAAUGUGCGCCUCUCACCUGAAGAAAGGGAGAAGGCACUAUCUAUAAGCAAGUCAUUGUCAAGAGCUAGAUUAGCUGCAGCAAAGGGCCAAACUAAUUGUAAAGAGUUGAGAGACUUGGUCACACAAGCAAUACAUGAAUCUGGUGGAAGACUUGAUUAUGCUGAGAUUGUAGACCAAGAAAGUUUGGAGCAAGCAAAAGUGAUCAGAAGUCCUGUUGUUUUCUGUGUUGCUGCCUGGUUUGGAAAAGUCAGACUGAUAGACAACAUGGAGAUAAACAUAUGAAUCUUGUGUUCUCGACAGAUAGAAUGACCAAAAGUUGCACCUUUUUUGGUUCUUUGGCAAAAGCCAUCUUGAUACAUUAUUUUCAAGGGACAUUUCCCUCUCAUGGUUUCAAUUUUCGAAUGAAAUGCCAUAAGAUUGGGGCAAUUUUCUUUU